GCGUGCGUGUGUGCGUGUGGCGGGAUCGGCCUGGCCUGCCCCUCACUCCGGUGGUCGCCGUCAUCCUCUUUGCUCGCACCGCUCCGCCGAACCACGCGCAGGACGCCAAGGAGUGUGUCACGCCUCACGCGACGGACGGACAGACAGACGGCCGGAGCAGAACACUUGCUCGCCGCCCGCCUCCCUAUCUACCCCCCUGGCCCCUCCACACUCCCCACCCCUCCCCCUCGUCACUCUAACCAUCCGCACCUCCUCGUUCCCGUCCUCCUCCUCCUCUUCCUCCUCUCGUCGUCGUCCAGCAAGCAUGAGGGUGGUGGUGGUGGGCGUGGUGGCGGUGGUGGUGCUGGCCGUGGCGGUGGUGGGGGCUGAGGUGAGACUGACGCGAGCUAAGAAGUACCGUCUCUGCACCGCCAGGGACGUGAGUAUGCUGGUGGCCGAGCUCUGUAGCGGCACGAUCGGCAGCCCCAUGAGAGGUGGACUGCAUAGAGGCGCUGGAGGUAACGCUGGCAUCAUGAUUCGCUCUCAACCAAUUGCUAUCAGAGGAAGACGCCGAGAGAAUGAUGGGCCUGUGUUUGAGUCUCUGCCACUUUGGGAAAAUGUAAACAACCAGAAAUAUUCCCGUGACGAGCUGGACAGACUGAACGGCUCUCCAGACCUUAUUCCAGCCUGGGAUAUGCAAGACACCAACAGCUACGAAGACCUCCUUGCAGAACCUGGUUGGCGGGUUGAGGCGCGGCCCGACACCUUCCUCUCUGCUCUGGUGAGGCUGAGUCGGGGCGGCGAGCGGCGGCCUGGCUCACCACUCGCCCCGGGGCUGACACACACGGCGCGCGACAAGCGGCAGACGCUGAGCAAGCUGCGGGCGAGGUGUUGCCGCGAGGGCUGCGACGAGGCGGAGCUCUACACCUUCUGCGUGUAAACCCUUGUGUGUGCAGGCCUGGCCACCACUCUUGUACCUCCCGUGUCCACAAGAGGAAGAUAAACAAUAAAUAAUGACAGCGAGAGAGCAUUCUGCGUCCCUUAAUUUAAGAGCUGAUGAUUGGGUUUGCCUUUAUGUUCUUUUCUCUACGUCUGGAGCCCUGCCUGCAGACCGAGAGCAGAGGCGGAGGAAGGUAAAGGAAAUAAUGUAGUGUGUCGGCCUCUCACAGCUGACAAGCUCCUUGUAUCUACAGUUUUCCGCUUCCACUCCUUAGCUAGGGCGCGAGGAACACACGACACAGCACAAGGGAGUAAGGAAUAGUGUAGAGUGUCAGCCAGCAGCCCUCACCCCCUCACAGGUGACAAACUCCUUAUGUCUACUGUUUUGAGUUUGCAGUUUUUCUUAGCUAGGGAACACUGAAUAUGGACUUGGAGAGGCGGAUUGAUGACUUUGGUAAUAAAUGUCUACGCAGAUUCCUGGGAUAUCGCUGGAAUGACUUUGUGUCAAACCGGCGACUACUCCGUGAGACUGAUUCGACAUAUAAUACCUGCAUGGUCCGUCAACACCAACUCCGGCUAUACGGGCACGUGGCUCGCUGCCCAGAGGCUGAGCCUGCUCACCGGAUUGUCUCUAAGAGGCAAUCCUGAGUGGAGGAGGCCAAGGGGACGCCCACAGAAUUCGUGGUUUGAGCAAGUCGAUAGAUCUUGCCAGGAGGUAGCCUACUCAGGAUGGGAAGGGGGCCUGCAUGGAUACUUGCCCGGAGGGACCCCCGGGCUUGGCGUCGUAGGGUGGACGAGGCGACGCACCCCCCGGCGCUUUCCCCAUUGACUGACUAAUUAGCUAGGGAAUGAUAUCUGAGGCUGUUAUUGCUAUACCUAUUUAUUUUGUUACCCAUUUGUCAUCAUUCCUAGGCUAGAGUUACCAUCCAAGGCUGUAGCUACUGAACAAGUGGUGUGACCCGAUUCUCUCUUCCUGUUGUGUUCCUACCAAGGUGGUGGAUUAAACUCUUCACAAAGGCGAUCCAGUGGUUUAUAUCUUACCCUCACGUGUUUUUAGGAUUAAGAUAAAGGUUCCAAUGCUCUGUUUAUUCCAUUUGAAGAGUUGAGUGAAAGUUAUUUUGGUUCCACUUCCUACCUCGUAUAAAUGUUCCAAUACUUUUCUUUCCGUUGAAUAUUAUAGUUAAUAUUCGAGUCGGUUUGGUAUUAUUUUGAUCCCACUUCGUUCUGCUCAUUAGUGGUUCAACUCCUUCUAUUUAUAUUUCUGUACAUCUUAAUUCUCCUUAAUUCUAAUGAUGUGUCAUUACUUUUUUUUCUCAUAAUAAA